CUUCCGCCCGGUCCUGUAACAUUAGCAAUAGCAUCGUUAGCGCCUCUCUUUAACCGCUUUUAUACUCUUUAAACUCUCACAUUUAUAGUGAAGCCACAAUACGAAGGAGACUCGGACUGUGUGCCAUAUAACAACACUCUGAGGUACUUUUUCAGUUUCAGGAUUUUAUUUUUAAAUCUGAGAAACGGGCCAUGCUAACGGGAUAGCACGGAGCUAACGCAGCAGCGUUUGUGCUCAGAGUCGCCCUGAUGCCUGCUCUGACUUCCUGACCUGUAUGACUUCUGUGUGACCUCUCCUGACUCCUCUGUGACUCCUGCUGACUCCUCUUGACUCCUGCGUCGUCAUGAGCGCGGAGCCAUGUGUAUAUGAGCGUCUGUGGGAGUCGAUCGCGGUGCUGAGAGAGUCAGGGCAGCGUUAUGGGAUGAGUGAACGUGACAUUGAACGCUUCAUCACACAAGUUCUGGAGACCAAUGAGCCCCAAGAGGAACAGCCUGCGUUUCCUCUGCUCAGAGCUACAGCAAAGUGUGCCUUGGCACUAUGUCUGCUCCUGGUUUUGGCCCUGGGUCUCUCUCAGCCUCAAUCUGCCUCGGAGCCUCUGUCUCUGGGCUUGAACUGGUCGUGCCCGCUGGGAGCUGCUCGUCUGCUGGAUUUGCCCAUCGCUCACAAGUACAACCUCCAGGGGUUCAGAGGUUGGUUUGGGGACAGUCCUUUGUUGCAGUCGUCUGUGAACACCUCCAUUUCAUCAGAGGCUCGUGUGGUCAUGAAGGGCGGAGAUGUGUCCCAGCUGCAUCGCUCUCUGUUGGAGCUUGUGUGUCUCUCUCAGGACGACUUCUGCCACAGAAAUGAGGUUCUCCCAGGACCCGCCGAGGUUCUACCACGAACCAACUUCACCACAGAACAAACCACCUUCUGUGACGGGUCUGCCCCGUAGACCGCAAACUGUCCUCUGAUUGGACGGGGCGGCUGUCAAUCACACACUAUGACCAAUGAAAUCAGUGAAUGGAGCUGUUAGGUCACGUCUUCUGAAACAUUCAAGAGGAAAAAUGUGAAAGAUAUUUUAGUUUAAACUGAGAGUUUAUGAACUGAACAUUUGACUCAUUUAGUGUCUGAAGUUUAAUUUUAUGAAAUAUUUUGUUUAAUGAACUGAAGAGUAACAUGGCACUUCUGUUUAUUCAUGUUUAAAUAAU